GGCCUGGGCGGAGACGCCGCGCCCUUGGGCGAGAUGACCGCGACGUUCUACAAGGGCGGCUGGCGGUUGGCCAGGCGGCCCAAGUCGGGCGGCGCGGUGAUCUUCGAGCGACAGGAUGUCGAGGGCCGCGCAUUGUUCAUGGCUGGUCCUUUCGGGGAGGUUCAGGCCCUGAUCGACCUGGAGGUGCUGCGGCCCAUGCCCGCGGCAGAGUCAGCAGAGUUUGCCAGGCAGAACCCUGACUUCGUGCUCCCAUAUAUUAGCGCUGGUGGAUUGCUGGAAGCCAUAUGGGGCGUCGGACCGGUCGAGCUCAAGGACAGGUUGGUCAUCCUGGGCUGGAAGGGCUCUGCCCUGAAGUACGACGCGAUGAGCAGCGACCUGAAGAACACGUCUGCGCGGCCCCGAUCGACAACGGGGCAGCGCAAGCUAGCGCGCGCUCAAGCAAAAGGCGGCUUCCCAGGGAUCACGCCUGGGAAGCUGUGGAUGUGCGGAACCGAAGUGCAUGGGUCGGUAAUUCGACCAGCCUGGCUCCAUGCCGCGCUGGUCGAGGAGUCCCAUGCGCUGGGCUACCAGCAGGACCCGCGUGACGAGUGCCCGUUCUCGCUGAAGUCUGAGGGCGAGAAGGUCGAGGGCAACGUCGUGCUGGGCGUGGGCGACCUCGUCGGCGACCACUUCGCCAUGGCCAUGAGGGGCCACGCCAACCAGAGGUUGGCGCCGAUCGAGUUCGCGUUAGGCUAUUUUAGCACGACCAAGGAGGUCGAUGACGAAAUGGUGAACGCUGUUCGGGGGGUGCUCCGAGGUCUCCGUUGGCUGGCGUCUACGGCUGCACCGGGCCUCUCAGCGGCGGCCAGCAACAUCCCCACUCGCAACAGGGGCAACACAUCCGAGAUGAUCUCGGGGGCGAACAGUGCAGUGAAGCAGACCGACACGGUGGGCGCGCCCCUCAUCAGCUGGAGCAUCGCGCCGAAG